AUGUAUAAAAUUGAUUACAAGGAAGACAAAGGGAAGUGUGUUGUUGCAGUUAAUCAAAUGCGUGCAGGGUAUUGCAUAGUGGAAGCACACCCAGAAAUAUCCAUCCCACUUAGUGUUAAGUACAUGGCUCCUAGAAUCAUUGAUGCGGAUAAUAAGAAGAAUGAAUACAAAACGGUUAAUAUUUGUUUUUACUGCUUUGAAAAAUUUAACAAAUGUGUUUAUUGCCCGAAUUGUAAAUAUGUUGUAUACUGCAGUGACAUAUGUAUGGAGAGAGCGUGGAAAUUACAUAGAGAUGAAUGUGAUAUACUAAAAUCCAACAUUUUUGAUAAAUUUUGUCCAACAAUUAUAAUGAGAAUGGUUAUUAAUAGUUAUUUAAGUCAUUUCAAUUUUUAUGAAUACUGUGGAAGUGUAUCAGAAUUACCAAAAGAAAAAUAUGAAUAUUUUAAAUACCCAGCGUACAUAGUUGCUGUAGCACUAAUGAGUAAAAAAAAAAAAAUGUUUACGAAUUUUGAAGAUAAUGAAAGUAUAUUAAAAAAUGUAAUAGAAAAAUUUGUUAAAAUUUCUAAAAAUACUUUACAAAUAAUUGAUAAUGAAUUAGAACCAGCUGGACUAGCAUUUUAUAAAAAGCCUGUCCCAUAUUUUAAUCACUCAUGUUUAAGUAACUGUGUUACUAUAUUUAAAAAUCAAAAGCUUUUCAUAAGAACUUUGAUUGAUGUAUAUCCAGGGGAUGAGCUAACAAUCAGUUACAUAGAUAUAGCUUUUGACAAAAAUACAAGACUUUCCAUUUGUAUGGAUCAGUAUUUCUUUACAUGUUCAUGUAAAUUAUGUAAAGUAAACAUUGCAUCCGAAUGUCACAACAUUUUUAACACACAAUUUGUAUGUACACAUUCUGAGAAUUGUAAAAAAUCUGUAAAUCACAUGGAACUUAUUUUAAUAUCCGAAUUAGAGAGAAAAACAUGCUAUGUAAAUAAAAAUCAGUGUAAAAAUUCUUAUCCAAUUUUAAAAAAGUCUACUGAACAACAACAUAUAUGGAAAUGUGCAAUUUGUAAAAAUGAAGUACAUGAUAAUACUAUUAAAAGUUUAAUAGAAAAAGAAAAAGAAACUGUCAAAGAGACGACACAUCUUGAAACCCUUUUUAAUGAAAAAUAUACUUACGACAAUAAAACAGUCUUACAAUCAUUAAAUAAAAUAAAAUCAAAAAUUGAUUAUCUAACAACAUUUUAUCAUCAUACUAGAUAUUCAUUACAAAAAAUGAGAGCGAAAAUUCUAUACAUAUCUAUACAAUUACAAGAAUUUAAAUUAGCAUAUAAUAUUGCCAAUCAAUAUCUUAAAUCUAUUGAAGUUUCAUAUGGAAAAUAUUCCCCCAUAUAUGGUUAUUACAUUUUUCUAACUGGAAAACUCGCCUUAUUUCUGGAUUUAAAAUCGGAAGGUCUUAAUUUAAUUCACAAGGCAAAAAAAAACAUCAUAAAAACAUAUGGGCCAGAUUCUCCGAUAUACAAGGAUUUGGAGAAGUUCCUCUACACCAAUAAGUACUAA